CGAUGUUUCAAGAUGUUUCACUGAUUCUUAGCAUGAAGAACAUAACCUAGCAUUUUAUCUAUAUGCAUAUGAUAUCUAAGCAGAAAAAUGAGUAAUAUAAUGAUCAGACUACCUCUAUUUGGUAAAAAUUAUAGACAAGGAUUUCAUCAAUUACAAAGAAAUCUAUCAUUAAGCAAUGAUCAAUAUAAAUAUGAUGUCAUUGUUAUUGGUGGUGGUCAUGCUGGAACGGAGGCUUCUGCAGCUGCUGCUAGAAUGGGUGCAAAGACGUUAUUAGUUACUCAUAAGAAAAGUACAAUAGGAGAGAUGUCAUGUAAUCCAUCCUUUGGUGGCAUUGGCAAAGGAAAUCUUAUGAAAGAAGUAGAUGCUUUGGAUGGAGUUUGUUGUCGUAUAUGUGAUAUUUCUGGUAUUCAUUACAAGAUAUUAAAUCUUUCUAGAGGACCAGCGGUGUGGGGUUAUAGAGCUCAAAUUGAUCGUGUCUUAUAUAAAAAACAUCUUCAAGAAGAACUUUUUAUUACACCUGGUUUACAAAUAUGUGAAUCAUCUGUGGAAGAUUUAAUUGUAGAUGGAGAUUCUCCAAAUUGUCAGGGAAUAAUUCUUAGUGAUGGAACAAAAAUAUACAGUGGUACAGUUGUUAUAACCACAGGUACUUUUCUAAAAGGUCAGAUCAAUAUUGGUUUAGAAAAGAGACCUGCUGGUAGACUUGGUGACGAACCUAGUAUUGGAUUAGCUAAUACAUUAGAAAAGAUUGGAUUUAAAAUGGGAAGAUUAAAGACUGGUACACCACCGCGAUUAGAAACAUCUACUAUAGAUUUUUCCAAAUGUACGAUACAGCUUCCAGACAAAGUAUCAAGGCCAUUCUCAUUUAUGAACGAAACUGUUUGGUUACCAGUAGAGAAACAGUUAAAUUGUUACAUAACGCAUACAAACAACGCUGUUGCAAAAAUUGUAAAGGAUAAUAUGCAUUGCAAUCUACACGUUACGGAAGAGGUAACGGGACCACGAUAUUGUCCAAGCAUAGAAAGCAAAAUUCUUAAGUUUAAAAAUGAGCAUCAUCAAAUUUGGCUUGAACCAGAAGGGCUAAGUUCGCCGUUAACAUAUCCUAGUGGAUUAUCGUGUACGCUUCCAGCAGAAAAACAAGAGGAACUUAUCCACUGUAUAUCAGGAUUAGAAAAUGCGAAAAUGGUAAAACCAGGUUAUGGAGUUGAAUAUGAUUAUAUUGACCCAAAAGAAUUAAACGUUACGCUAGAGACUAAAAAAAUUCCAAGAUUAUUCCUUGCUGGACAGAUAAAUGGUACAACUGGUUAUGAAGAAGCUGCUGCACAAGGAAUUGUAGCAGGUGUUAAUGCUGCGGCUAAGGUUCUUAAUAAAAAAUCGUUAAUAAUAAGUCGUACGGAGGGUUAUAUCGGUGUUCUCAUCGACGACCUUAUUACACUAGGUACAAAUGAACCGUACAGAAUGUUCACCAGUCGUACAGAAUUUCGAUUAAGUUUACGACCAGAUAACGCCGAUCAGAGGCUCACUAGAAAGGGAUACGAAAGUGGUUGUGUAUCCGAGGAAAGAAUGAGGAAAACAGAUGCAGUUUUAUCUAGGCUAGGGGAAAACAUAGAAUUGCUUAAACAUGAAGUACAUUCGCAAUCAACCUGGAGAAAAUUAUUUUGUUUUCCGCCAUCUAAAAAUUUUAAACAUAAAUCUGCUUUUGACGUAUUAAGUGAUCCGAAUGUGACUAUCGACAUGAUUGUCAAAGCCUUCCCGGAUCGUUUUGGACAUCUCGCCCAGGAUCCAAUCGUUGCACAAAGGAUAGAGACAGAAGGGAGAUAUGCAGUAAGCAUCAAGCAGCAACAACACGAGGUCGAUGAAAUUCGCAGAAACGAACAGAUGAUUAUACCACGAUCCAUAGACUAUAGCUCAUGUUCGUUAAAUCUAUCUAUAGAAGAAAAAGAAAAAUUGUCAAAAUCGCAACCCUAUACGAUUGCUGCCGCCAGUCGAAUCCCGGGAAUCACUCCGUGUGCUAUUCUACGUUUAAUAUAUUACGUAAAGAAAAAUGGUCUUAGUGCUGCAAAAAUAGUUUGA